CGCAAACAUAAUGAUCCUGGCUCCGCGCUUGCGCGGGGAGUGUGCAACUAGUAUAAAGAGUUUCCCAACUGUCACAUGACCCAUCUUUGAAAAAAACCCAAUCUUUCGCUUCUUUCUUCAGACACACUCUCUCUCAUCAACAUGAAACCUCUGUCACCGUCAUUACCGUUACUCCUCCUCCUCCUCUCAUCCACUACCUUCGCCGCUCCUUCCCUCUCCCCAACUCCUUCUCCAACCAUCUCCCCCACUCCCCACACCUCCUCUUCCCCACUAGACCCAAAACACCUCAAAGCCCUGGAAUCCCUCAACAUCCCCACCUCCAAAAACCCCUGCGACCACCACCGCCCCUCCUCCACCGUCGUCGUCACCUGCGACACCAGCUCCCCCUUCCGCCUCGUCACUUCCCUCUCCUUCACAAACUGCUCCACCUCCCUCUCUAUCUCCUCCGCAUCACUCAAAUCCCUCUCCCCUUCCCUCACCUCCCUCUCUUUCCUCAACUGCCCUUCUCUCUCCCCUCCGCCACGUCUCCCAAACUCCCUCCACUCCUUCUCCGCCACCUCCUCCUUCCGCAAACCCCUCUCCGGCGUCUACCUAGCUCGCCUCGUCAACCUCACCGACCUCACCGUCUCCUCCUCCUCCGUCUCCACCUCUGGCCUCUUCGUAAUCCUCGGAAACAUGGACAAGAUCGUCUCCCUGACCAUCUCACACGCGAAUCUCUCCGGGAACAUCCCUAAGUCACUCCACUCGAAUCUCACUUUCAUCGACUUAUCACACAAUCUCAUCAAAGGCUCAAUCCCCACUUCCAUUACACAACUCUCUAACCUUAAAUCUCUAAACUUAUCAUCAAACUCGAUCUCCGGGGAGAUACCCGACAGCAUCGGGGACCUUAUCUCACUAAAGAAUCUCUCUUUAUCCUCAAACAAACUCUCCGGACCAAUCCCAGAUUCGAUCUCGUCCAUUCCAGACCUUACCCACUUAGAUCUGAGCGGGAACCAGCUAAACGGCACCGUUCCGAGGUUCAUCUCCAAUAUGAAGAGUCUCAAGCAUUUGAAUCUCGCUAACAAUGACUUCCGUGGAGUUCUUCCGUUCAAUGCGAGCUUCUUGAAGAGGCUUGAAGUGUUUAAAGUGGGAGGGAACAGUGAUCUUUGUUACAACCACACUGUGUUGUCUUCGAAGAAGAUGAAGUUGGGGAUUGCUAUGUGUGAUAAACAUGGUCUGCCUUUGUCUCCCCCGCCGCAGAAGGAGGAUUCGAGUUCUGAUUAUGAUUAUGGUAGUGAAGAUGAGACUAGUGUGAAGAAGAAGGAAGAGAGUCAUGGUCCUAAUAAGGUUGUGCUUGGUGUUGCUAUUGGACUUGCUUCGCUUGUGUUCUUGAUCAUUUUCUUGAUCCUUUGCGCCAAAUGGUGUGGUUGAUUCCGACAACGAAAGCUGUAAGAAAGAAGAUGAUUCUUUGGUGAAUAAACCGGACCGGUUCUCCGCAUUAAUCCCGGUUUAGUCUAUUCUUUAUUUGCUAUUUUACGUUUGAGUGGGUAUCAUUAGUAGUUUCUUAAUUAGUCUCUGGUUUCUUUUCAGAUUUUGUUGUAAUUUUUUUGAGUGUAUGCGUUAAAAAGGAUUAUUUUGUAAUAAUUAUUGAAUUAUUCUUAUGAAUUAUUUUCUACAACAAACGUUUGUUCAUCA